AUGGAAAUGGAUUCCGAUUAUCAGCCUUGUGGCCCAUUCAAGGCCCCAUUUUUUCACCCUCGGUGUGACGAAUACCCAAUGUAUUCCACCUUGGCUGGAGACAAGCCCCAGCCGCGGAUCUUCGGUCUGAACAAAACCUACGUCUACGCUGGACUGGAAGUCUGGCCUCCGUCCCGCAUUGCACCGGGGGAGAAAAUGGAACUGGCAGCAAUGAUCAAGCUACAGCCUCCUCCCCAUCCAAGGUGGGUGAAGACAGUGUGUCGCAUGAUAGCUUUCCCAGCUCGGGAAAACCCCUUGGUGGACCCAGUCGACAAGAACGCCGACAUUAUUCUUGCCACGCAAGAUGUUGCCUGGAGAGAGAGCGCAGAAUUCCUCGAGGACAUUGAGUAUUUCUUGUUCAAGUUCCAGGAUGUUGCCUUCCCGGAAGCAGGCAAGUUCGAGGUCAGGUUCGAAGUCAACGUGACGGAAUAUUACGACCCGAGAGAAACCCCCCUACAGAAUUGGCCGCCUCCACACCUUUGGGCACAUAAUGCUCCAGAGGAAAUAAUCGAGGGGACUUCAGGGGAAUGGCGUGACCGGUAUCAGAGAACUGGGUUCUGCGCGGGUGUUUUGGUAGUUGGCGGGGUCACCCACGUCGAUGAAGAGUUCAGGGGGCAAUAUUUUGACCAUCAACUGCAAAGGAGGGAAUCUGUUGAUUUACCCGAGAAUCCGAUGCAAGGUGAAGAGUUGUGGGUUAAUUAUGAGGAGGAACCGGAGGGUUCGGAGCAUAUCAACAAACUUCAGGAGGAGGCGACAGUCCAAGUCUACAGUAACGAAGGAUGA